AAGGCUUUCCCAGGGCAGCCAUUGGUUCUCUGGAACUAUAAAACAUGCUCAUCCCGAAACAGCCUCAUUUUCUUUCUCAGAGGCAGCCAGAAGCGAAUGGGCAUGGAGUGGCCGGGCGCCUGGGAGCCGCAAGGCGCGGAAGCGAUCAGGCGCUUCCAGGGGCUGCUGCUGGACCGUCGGGGUCGGCUGCACAGCCAGGUGCUGCGCCUGCGCGAGGUGGCCCGGCGCCUGGAGCGGCUCCGCCGGCGCUCCCUGGCGGCCAACGUGGCGGGCAGCUCGCUGAGCGCAGCUGGCGCCGUCGCAGCCAUCGUGGGGCUCUCGCUCAGUCCGAUCACCCUGGGGGCCUCACUCCUGGCGUCUGCCGUGGGGCUGGGGGUGGCCACCGCCGGAGGGGCCGUCACCAUCACGUCGGAUCUCUCCCUGAUCUUCUUCAACUCCCGGGAACUGCGGAGGGUGCAAGAGAUCGCCGCCACCUGCCAGGACCAAAUGCGUGAGAUCCUGAGCUGCCUCGAGUUCUUCUGCCGCGGGCAGGGCCGCGGGGACCGCCAGCUGCUGCAGUGUGGCAGGAACGCCUCCAUCGCCCUGUACAACUCGGUCUACUUUAUCGUCUUCUUCGGUUCGCGAGGCUUCCUCAUUCCCAGGCGGGCCGAGGGGGCCAGCAAGGUUAGCCAGGCCGUGCUGAAGGCCAAGAUUCAGAAACUGGCCGAGAGCCUGGAGUCCUGCACCGGGGCUCUGGACGAGUUCAGCGAGCAGCUGGAGUGCCGGGCCCUGCUCUGCACCAAGUCCAGCCAUGGCCGGGACCUCACGACCUCUGGGGCCCAGCACGCAGGGCUGUUUUUCUGACAUCCUUUCUCCCUAGUGAUGGAGACCAGAAACUAUCUCCACGGGAUGCUCCAGAUUUAUAACUCUUGCAGGAAAACACCGGUUGGGGUUAGGAGUUGGGUGCAAAAAAAUGAGAAAAACCGUUCUUGAUUGGGUGGGUCCUCACGGCCCACCGUUUUCCACCGCUGUAACAUCCUGCUUCGCACUCGCGUGAUCCCAGGGGAAUAUGUGACCCUGAAACUUUCCUUUAUCAAAACCUUCGCACUCCUAUUUUAAAGUUCUUUCGAGGUCCCUGACUGUGCCCUCGUGGUCUGAGCUGAGCCUGGAGGGGGUGGCGCCCUCUAGGUCCUCUCCAAGCCCCACUAGGCUCUGAGGUCCUCCAAAUGGUCCACCGAGAGGAAAUACUUGCUUCAAAACCUCUCUUCCAGGGAACCAGCAGUUAGCAUAAUGGCUAUGUCGCUGGACUCCCACGUAGUUGACCGCGGUUCGCUUUUGCGUC